UGUUGUUCGCGUCUGGGCGUUGGUUUUGGAGGAGGCAGCCCAGUGCCUGUGCCAGUGACUCAGUCCUGAUCUUAAUCGUUGGAACCUUGAGCCUCCACCACGACACAAAUCAUUCAUCCGCCCCUUCACUCGAGCGACCCCGAUCGUUUUUUUCCUGGCGAAUUGAAAGCUGGGGCUGGAUCUCAAACCUGUCCUACUGAUUGCGCACGGAACUCUGGUUUGAACUGGACUGCGACCGUAUAAUUGGAGGGAAGGGGUGUCUCAAGGUUGUUGUAUUGUAGGUUCAGGAGGGGUGGAAGAAAUCAGGGCGCGCGGGCAUGGAUCGCUCAGGCAAAGUCAGGAAAAGAAAGGCAGAAACCCAAGAAAACGAACGCCUCUUCAAGAGAUUGAGUCUGCUAAAUCUUGGUCGGUCUCCUCCCAAAACUUGUGCCUGCGUGCCGGUACAGUAGAGACUCAGCUAACUCCUCUGCAGAACGCAAUGGGCAAAAGCUCUAUGUGCCGGUGGAACAGGCCAGUCUCAACGCCGCAUCCACAAACUCACAAACCCCGGCGCAAGCUAAAGAUGAAGAUAUAAUGCAGCUAGACAAUUCCAAGCACAAGGUAUACAUUUACGAUCUCGACGCUGAGCUAUCAGACAGUGGCGAAUCCGACGAUGGCAAACUGGUUUUCCUACCCGACAUCCAGAAGCACCUUCGCGAAAACCGGAUUCCGCCGUUCAUUCGUGCAAACAGCGAGGGCGAGUUGGCUGGCAACAACCAAUUGGUCCUCUAUAACAUCCCGACUUCAUUGACGGUGCCAGAGGAGCAAGACAGCGUUAGGAAAGCAAUUAUUGAAACAAGAGCUAGGGCACGGGCAAAACAGGACCAGAAACGGAAUGACAAUAACCGGAAUCCACAGUCGGAUCCAUUUGCGAAUGGUGUCGAUGUUCGCGAUUGGGAUAUGGGCCUGAUGAAUGGAAAGCAAUUCCCAAGUCAACCUAAUAUGGGAGGAUAUCAAGGCCCACCCGAAAUAAUAGAGGAUGACCCGGACGCAAUGGAUUUAGGUUGA